AUGUCUGACACCGGCGCUUCGACCAAUGGGCGCCCAACCUCGGCCACCAAUCCAUUUCCAGUGUUGCCCCCGAUUCCCUCUACAGAGCAACUGCACAUGUCCGCAGCACGCAGGCGCACCGUGAAUGAGAGAACGGGGCGCAAUGCAGACGAUGAAACCCUUGCUCAGGCGGUUAACUGGCGUGCUACUACUGUCACUCGCGACAAGCUCUCGUCCCUAGUCCAACAAAACCGACUUGCAUCCGAGAGCAUUGUUCAGCAGCAUAUCAAAACCCGGGCUCCACCGCCCCCACCUGCCCAGCUACCUGAAGCUCUCAUGUCUGAGCAGUAUCGCGAGGAGCUCAACCAGCGGCGGCUGCAAGAAACAGCCGCCAAAAGCAAAAUCGUGCCUCUUAGCGAUGAAGCCUGGACACGCAUUUGCGCUCUCGUACCAGAACAAUGGCAAGACCGGGAUCAAAUCCCUCCAGACGAGCGCACCCCUGUUGACAAGGGCCUUGUGCGGCAGUAUCAGGCCAUCUCCGAUGAGAUUCGACUAGGCUACGAGGAUGUCCUGCGCCAACUGACUGUGGCGCAGGUGCUCGUAUCAGCUGCAGAUAGCAUUCAGCAUACCCCUCUCCCCGAGGGUCUUGACUUCAGCAGCACUUGGCGGGAUGCUUUUGAGCAACAUCGUCUUGACCUGGGGGCCAACCUGUUUUUGACUCAUCCAGUUCUGCGCACCGUGGCAGCCAAGACACAGGCACAAGCUGAUACUCCCCUGGCAAACAUCGAGGCUCUGAUCCUGCGCCAGCAGCAGGAAAACAUGCUCUAUACCCCUGCCGGGUUUGCGCGUGAAAUUGGUGUGGAAGUGGCUGCGACCACCGAGCUUCUCAACAAUACUUGGUAUGUCGACAUUGCCGAUACCAUCUCCACCUACCUCCAGAGCCCCGAAGCUGCUGCUGCAGCUGCCGCCACUUCUACGAAUGGUCGCCGUUCUUCGGGGUCAGCCAGCUCGGAGGCAAAUACCAUGCUGCUUGAUCAAGCUCGGGCUUUUGUCAUGACUGAAACCUUGCUGAGCCGACAACUGGGUCAACUCGUGCAUGAGACACUGACUGCCAUUACAGACCGGCUCGGCGACGAUGCCGGUGCCCACCACCCCGUCUUUUCAGUGGCUCUGGUCCUGGUGGAUCAAAAACUUGAGCUGCAGCCCUCCUGUGAUUCCAUGAUUGAACAGAUGCAGAGCCUUGUAGAUCAAGUCUUGAACAACACUCGAGUGUUUGCCACCCUGCAAGCUUGGAUGACCGGCGGCACGAAGACUCUUACCGUGGCAGUUGACCCAGCCAAGCUGGCUUCGACGAGAGCAGCCAUUGCCAAGGCCACACAGGCGCUUUACAAGCGCCUGGCGGUCAUUCAGGCUGAGUGCAACCAAGCCUUCCGAGGCGUGCUGCCUGGUGGGGAAGUCCAUCAAGAAUUGGACGAAUUCUUGGACGAGGGCGAGAUUGACCUCCGAGAUUAUCAAACUCGUCUCCAAGAACUGCAGGCCAUCCGUCGACAAAUCACUGCCAUUGACAACACACGCAUCACCCACCUGGCUCAUUUGGACAUGGUGCGCCUGCGCCAGCAGCUUCUGCAGGUGGUUGAUGGCGCCAUCCAACGUCUUUUGACCAGGCUCAAGAGCCACCACGCUGCUGAGAAUACACGCAUUUGCAAAGAGUUUGAGCUCAUUCGCAAGCGCGCUUUGACCGAGCCAGAGGACUCCAAGGAAAUGUUUGCACUCAUGUCUUACAUGGACAAGGUGCGCGCCCACGACUUGGAACAGUUGAAGCGUGAUAUCGGCGUUCGCCAGCAAACCAUGGAAUUUUUGCUGGAAACCUGCGAGGUGUCGUCGCAAGACAUGGACCUCAACACGUUGGCGGUCAUGUGGCCCACCAACAUUCUUCCCGUCUUCGACGACAACGCCGUCUUGUUGGACGGUGUCAAGCAGCGUAGCGAGCAGCUCUUGGUUGGCAAGCGCGAGAAACUCCUGUUGGAGCUGGAGAAGGUUCGCCUUCAAAUUGACGAGUUCAAGGAGGCUGCGGACUUGAGUGCUGCAGUGCACUACCUCAAGGACUCGAAGAACAUUUUGAAGCGUUUGGCUGACAUGAACAGUCAGGUGGCCUUUAUCAACAAGGAGGAAGCCCUGUUUGAAUGGGACCAGACUUCAUACCCGGCCAUCGAAAAGCUCAGCAAUGAGUGCCAGCCCUUCCUGGUUCUCUUCCAAGGCAUUGUUGACUGGCAAAAGUCGCUGCGUCGCUGGAUGGAAGGGCCUUUCGGUGAUCUAGAUCCCGAUAAGGUGUUGGCAGAGGUGGAUGAAGUGUAUCGCGAAUUCUAUAAGAAGGCCAAGGGCUACGCCAAGGAUAGCAACAUGUAUGCCAUGUGCGAAAAAAUCAAGGGUGAGGUGCAGGACUUUCGCGCACACUCCCAGCUCAUCCAGGUUCUCUGCAAUUUGGGCCUCCGCGAGCGCCACUGGAAGGCCAUGUCCGACCUUGUUGGCGCCAACAUCGCGCCAGAUGCCAGCACCACGUUGCAAGCCAUGAUCAACCUUAAUCUGACCGAGCAUCUUGCUGAACUUGAGGUCGUGUCUUCGGGUGCCUCAAAAGAGUUUUCUCUGGAAAAGGCCAUGGACAAAAUGGAAAACGAGUGGCAACCGAUGGAGUUCAACGUUGUGCCUUAUCGCGACAGCGGCAUGAACAUCCUCUCCUCCGUUGAUGAGAUUCAGACACUGCUUGAUGAUCACCUCGUCAAGACCCAAACCAUGCGAGGCUCCCCCUUUAUCAAGCCCUUUCAAGAGCGCAUUGUGGCUUGGGAGCGCCUGCUCGUGGCUUCUCAGGACAUCAUCGACGGCUGGCUCAAGAUGCAAGCAACCUGGCUCUACCUGGAGCCAAUCUUCUCGUCACCCGACAUUAUGGCUCAAAUGCCAACGGAGGGCGAUCUUUUUGUCCAGGUUGAUCGUCAGUUUAAGAGCACCAUGACGCACUGCGCUGCCAACCCUGCUGUCCUGGUUGCUUGUAGCCUGGAAGGCCUGCUUGAGCGUAUCUCCCAUGCCAACGAGCAGCUGGAAAUUAUCCUCAAGGGCCUCAAUGACUACCUCGAGAAGAAGCGUCUCUACUUUGCGCGCUUCUUCUUCCUCUCCAACGAUGAGAUGCUUGAGAUUCUGUCCGAGACCAAGGACCCAACGCGCGUUCAGCCUCACCUCAAAAAGUGUUUCGAAGGUAUCAACAAACUUGUCUUUACCGAGGCAGAACAAGACAUUACGACCAUGAUAUCUUCUGAGGGUGAGCAGGUUGAGCUCUCGGGUAUCAUUUCCACAGCGGCGGCUCGCGGCCAGGUUGAAAAAUGGCUGUUGGAACUGGAGGGUUUGAUGCGCAUGUCGGUGCGCGAUCAAAUUGUCAAAGCUCUCGAGGCAUAUGCCAACACCCAACGCGUCCAGUGGGUGCAGCAAUGGCCUGGGCAGGUUGUCAUUUGUGUCGGCCAGACGUACUGGACAAGCGGCGUGCACAAGGCCCUUCGAGAUGGCCAGGGUGCACUCGUCGCCUAUUGCGAUCAGCUCGAAUCUGAGUUGCAAGAUAUUGUGGCCUUGGUGCGCGGCAAGCUGCCUAAGCAAGUCCGCAAAACCCUGAGCGCACUUGUGACUUUGGAUGUGCACGCACGUGACGUGACUAUGGAGCUUCGCGAUAACAAGGUUGCCUCCGAUGCCGACUUCCAGUGGUUGUGCCAACUGCGCUAUUACUGGGAGAAUGAAAACAUGUAUGUGCGCAUGAUCAACUCGACCUGCGACUACGGCUACGAAUACCUCGGAAACAGCCUUCGCCUCGUGGUCACGCCCCUUACAGAUCGGUUAGUAACCUACCUUGUAUACCUUUGUGUAUGUAUGUAUGUGUGUAUGUGUGUGUGUGUGUGUGUGUGUGUGUGUGUGUGUGUGUGUGUGUGUGUGUGUGUGUGUGUGUGUGUGUGUGUGUGUGUGCUGGGUUAUGCCGGGUGCUAUCGAACUCUGAUUGGCGCCUACUACCUGCAUCUUGGCGGCGCUCCCGAGGGCCCAGCUGGUACGGGCAAAACGGAAACGGUCAAGGACUUGGCCAAGGCAUUGGCCAUCCAAUGUGUGGUUUUCAACUGCUCCGAUGGUCUCGACUACAAGGCCAUGGGCAAAUUCUUCAAGGGUUUAGCCUCAGCCGGUGCCUGGGCUUGUUUUGAUGAGUUUAACCGCAUUGACCUUGAGGUGCUCAGUGUGGUCGCACAACAGAUUCAGUCCAUUCAACGGGCCGUUGAGGUCGGUCUCAAGCGAUUCGCUUUUGAGGGCACCGAACUCGACCUCAACGCCAAGUGCAACAGCUACAUUACCAUGAACCCCGGCUAUGCCGGGCGCUCGGAGCUUCCCGACAACCUCAAGGUGCUCUUCCGAACUGUGGCCAUGAUGGUGCCGGAUUACGCCAUGAUUGCUGAGAUUAUGCUGUACUCGUUCGGGUUUGUAAACGCCCGACCCAUGUCCAUUAAGAUUACCACGACCUACAAGCUCUGCUCUGAACAGCUUUCGUCGCAGUUCCACUAUGACUACGGCAUGCGUGCUGUCAAGGCCGUGCUCUCGGCCGCCGGUAACCUCAAGCUGCAGUUCCCUGACGAGGAUGAGGGCGUCCUCAUUCUUCGUGCUAUUGUUGACGUCAACUUGCCCAAGUUCUUGAGCCACGACGUGCCGCUGUUUCACGGCAUCAUUUCCGAUCUAUUUCCCGGCAUUGAGCUGCCCAAGACAGACUAUGAUGAGCUCUUUGGUGCAGCUCGCGAAGCUUGCGUUGAGUUUAACCUCCAGGCCACUGACCUGUUUUUGGAAAAGCUUGCGCAGAUGUACGAGAUGAUGAUCGUGCGCCAUGGCUUUAUGCUGGUGGGCGAACCGUUCGCGGCCAAAACGGCCGUUCUGAAAGUGUUGGCUGCGGCUUUAACCCGCAUCGCCGCUGCUCACGAGGGCGAAGAGGUGGACGGGGAGAUCGCACACCGCGGCGUGUAUUAUCGCAUCAUCAAUCCCAAGUCCAUUACCAUGGGCCAACUCUACGGCUGCUUUGAUCCAGUCUCACACGAGUGGUCUGAUGGCGUUUUGGCCACUACAUUCCGUCAACUGGCCAGUGACACGAGUCCGGAGCGCAAGUGGGUCGUUUUUGAUGGGCCCAUUGAUGCCAUUUGGAUUGAGAACAUGAACACUGUGCUGGAUGACAACAAGAAGCUCUGCCUGAUGUCGGGCGAAAUCAUCGCCCUCUCUGACACAAUGUCUCUCAUCUUUGAGACAAUGGAUUUGUCGCAGGCCUCACCGGCCACCGUCUCGCGCUGUGGCAUGAUCUACCUCGAGCCCUCACAGCUCGGCUGGCGGCCACAUACUGACUCCUGGCUCCAGGCUCGGCCCGACUUUGUGCAGCAGCCCCUCAAGGAUGUUCUUCAGCAGCUCUUUGACGCCUUUGUCCCGGUCGGCCUUGAGUUUGUGCGCAAGCACCUCAAGCAAUACGUCGUGGUGGAGGAGAUGAUGAUGGUGCAUGCUCUCUUGCGUCUUUUGGAGAGCAGCAUGGCCGAGCCCUUUGCCGAAGAGAAGAAUGCAAAGAUUUUGGAACAGUGGACCAAGGGUCUCUUUGUCUGGUGCUUUGUCUGGUCCUUUGGCGCAUCCACGGACACUGACGGCCGCGUCAAGUUUGACGAGUUUGUCCGCAGCCUCGUCGCUGGCACGCAUCCUGAACUCGAGAACAGCAAUAUCAAGUUUGACUCACCCGUUCCAGACGAGGCCACCGUGUAUGAUUACCUUUUUGAGGCCAAGGGCAAGGGCAAGUGGAUCCGCUGGAUGCAUACCAUUGAUCCGGAACUGCAUUUGCGCCCGGGCCAAAAGCUGAAGGAUGCCAUUGUGCCGACCACGGACACGGCUCGCUACACGUACAUUAUGGAUCUGUGCGUGCGUAACCGCGUGCCCUUGCUCUUUGUGGGCCCCACGGGCACAGGCAAGUCCGUGUACGUUAAGGACAAGCUCAUGAACGGCUUGGAGGAUACCUACCAGCCUCUCUUCAUCACCUACUCGGCACAGACCACGGCCAACCAAACACAGGAUUUGGUCUUGGCCAAGCUUGACAAACGCCGCAAAGGCAUUUAUGGGCCACGCAUGGGCCAGCAGUCUGCCAUGGGUCCGCCAGGCGGUGGUCGCAACCCCGUCACCACGCGCAUGCUGCGCCACGUCAACACCGUGGGCAUUACCGAGUUUGACGACGAUACCAUGACCCGCAUUUUUAGCACGAUUGUUUCGCGGGCCUUUAAGGAGAGCAAAUUCUCAAUGGAGCUGCAGGGCUUGAGCAAUAACGUUGUGACUGCCACGAUGCACGUCUACAAGAGUGCCAUUCAAAGCCUGCUACCAACACCGGCCAAGUCGCACUACACCUUCAACCUGCGUGACUUCUCACGCGUUGUCAAUGGCGUCCUCCUCAUGGAUGGCCACCGCGCUGGAGACAAAAACAAACUCUGCCGCCUCUGGUGUCAUGAGGUGUAUCGUGUCUUUGGUGAUCGCCUCGUCUUUGAGGAGGAUCACGACUGGCUUUUUGGCCUUUUGCAAGAAACUGUCAAGUCCCAUUUUAAGCUGGGCUUUGAUGCUGUCUUCUCCAACCUUCCGGAUAGCGGCGACAAGACCACGGUAGACCGUCAAGCCUUUGGCUCUCUUAUUUUCUGUGACCUCAUGGAGGUGGAAUCUUCGCCACGCCCUUACGACGAAGUCUCCAGUCUUGAAGCCCUCAAGGAUAUCGUUCGCAGCAGUUUGGAUGAGUACAACCAAGUCAACAAGUCGCCAAUGGACUUGGUCAUUUUCCGCUACGUUCUUGAGCACCUCAGCCGCAUUUCUCGCGUUCUCAAGCAGGAUGGCGGCCACGCCUUACUUGUGGGCGUCGGCGGCUCAGGACGGCAGUCCACCACGCGCCUCGCUGCGCACAUGGCUGACUACACGCUCGUGCAGCCGGAAAUCAGCAAGCAAUACGGCAACGAGGAAUGGGCGGAAGACGUGAAGCGCGUUAUGAAGAAGGCCGGCAUGGAGGGACGGCCGACUGUCUUCUUGCUCACCGACUCGCAGCUCAAGUCAAACAAGAUGCUUGAGGACAUUGACUCGCUGCUGAACUCGGGCGAGGUAGCCAAUAUUUUCGCUCCUGACGAAAAGGGAGAGAUCUGCGAGGGUGUGCGCAGUGCCGCGCAAGCGGUCAAUCCGGGUGUGGAUCUCACACCCAUGCAGCUCUACAGUUUCUUUAUUAGCCAGUGUCGUGAUAACCUGCACGUCAUUUUGGCCUUUAGCCCCAUUGGCAGCACCUUCCGCGAUCGCUUACGCAUGUUCCCUUCGCUCGUCAACUGCUGCACGAUCGAUUGGUUUCAAGCCUGGCCCUCGGAAGCCCUGGAAAUGGUGGCUUCCUCCUUUGUGGCCGAUAUCGAGAUGGCCGAUGCGGAGCGUCGCGCCGUGAUUGCCAUGUGCCAAGCUUUUGACAUUAGCUCGCGCGAGCUGAGCCGUCGCUUCACAGCGGAGCAGAACCGGCACACGUACGUGACUCCCACUUCCUUUCUCGAAUCGGUCAAGGCCUUCAAGUCGCUGUUACAAAUCAAGCGUGACGAAGUCAUGCGGGCCAAGAACCAGUAUACCACCGGGUUGGACAAGCUUGAGUUUGCUGCUUCUCAGGUGGCCACGAUGCAGCAGGAGCUCGAAGAGCUGCAGCCCAAGCUGGCGGCAGCUCAAGUUGAGAACGAGGCCAUGACGGUGCAGAUCAACAAGGAGUCGGAGGAGGCGGCCAAGAUUGAGGCCAACGUCAAGGCAGACGAGGCCGUG